AUGAGGGGACCAAGUUCCAAUUCGUCCACUUCUCGCGAAGUGACUUUUAACCAAAUUUGCGAACUUGUCUGGGGGGAAAAAGUCAAAGGGAUACCUGAACAUGUGCAGGAACAAAUAAUACAUUUUCUUUUUAAAUUUUAUGAAACGCGCAAAUUUUUUACAUGCAUCGAGUUGGAGAGUUUAAAUAAUUUGUUAACAUUACUUAUACGGAAUUUUAAGGAGCAUACGAAUGACAAAUUUUGUGCACAGAUUUUGUUGUUCCAUUUUAAAAAUGCGUCUGCUUCUUUUGUGAAGGCUAAGAGAGCCGAGGAUGGGCUAUACGUAAAGCAGGUCAGGCGAUAUUUUCUAUGCCUGCACGAGUUGGUCAGACAUUUGAAGGAGAGGCACCAGGAGGGAGAGCUGCAAUCAGGGGAGAUGCGAACAGGAGAGAUGCGAACAGGGGAGCUGCAAACAGGGGAGCUGCAAAGUAGCAGUUCAGAAGAGGAACCCCGUUUGGUGGUGUCUAUUGUGAAAUAUCUGAACAUGUUCCUCGUGUCCGCGCUGAGGCUGAUCGAGAGGAACUGCUUGGCGCGCUUGUACUGCACGAUCAUAUCUUAUGGGAGGAUUGCUGAAAUUCUAACCAAUGCAUAUGGCCAAAACGAACAAGCCGACGAGGACAUCAUCCACAGUUUUGUUUUAUUAACGGAGAGAAAAGAAUUUGAUAAAGAUAUCAUAAAAUGCGGAAUCAUAAAUAAGUUUACCACGUCGGAGGCACUACUCCAGAGGGAUGUCUCUUGUAAAAACAGCUUCCUCAUUCAGGUAGUAAUAAAAAUAGCUAAGCGAAAUUUGAAACAGCUGAGAAUAUAUACCUCCAAGAGUGACCUCCAAUUUGUUAACUCUUUAGUAGAAAUAGUGCACCAUAAAAUUACAAAAGGAGACUUCGAUCAGUCUUGUGCUGACUUGUUAAGAUUAUUUUCGUACAUCAUAGAGGGGGGAAGGAGUUCCUCUGAUUUUCCCCCAUUUUGUCAUCAUACUGACGAUGUUUCUGAUAUUGAUGAAGUUCUAUUUUUCCAAAAUAUGAUCAAAUUAAUUGAGCAUGUGGAUUGCCUUGUUCGGUCGGCUAACCUUUGCAACCGUGUACUGGAGAAAGAUGAUCCGUUUGGUCACUUUCUCGGCUCCUUUUUCUGUGCCCUGCGAAAUGUACUGCAAGUUGUGUUGAAUUGGGACGAGUCCGUAACUUCCACAGGGUGCGAAGACAGCGGGAGCUGUAAAUUUAUAGGGAGCUGUUCACAUUCCUGUUGCUCUUCCAACUCAUUGUGGAUGUUUCGUCAAACCCCCCAAAUGAGGAUAGAAGCGGAAAAACUGAUUUGUAACAUUUUGGAUCUGAUUCUCAGCUUUUUAGUCCACUGUAGUUGUCCCCUUCCAGAUGAAAAAAAAAUGCUGCACCUGUUAUGCUUCGAUAUCGUUAACGCGAUAAGUAGCUGCCAUUGCACAUCCACCAUGGGGAAGAAAAAAAUUGCAGAAAAGUUGAUACCCCUCGUGAGUCGCAUCCAUAGUAACGAAAAGGAUGCAGAAGGGCAGGACAAUUAUCUGUACCUCAAAAAUGUGGAAGCUUUAUUUUUCCUGUGUUUACAUAAUGAAGACGUGUGCAGGGAAUACUUUAAGGAAGUGUUUAUCAAGCAUGUGGAAGAGCUAUACCUCCAAAUUGAUCAGCGUGAAAAAGUUGAAAAUGUAAAGAAGAAGGAAGAGUGUGAUUUAUUGAAACUGUACUAUUUUGGUAUACUCUACACGUUCGCGCAAAUGAACAUAAAUAAUGAGAAGGAGAAGACGGAACAGAAGGUGAAGAAGAAUAUUUCCCUCCAUUUCGUUAAUUAUGUAAUAGUGAACGAGUUACAAAAUAAAAAGUUCCUCCUCGAGAAUCACGUCUUCUGCUUACUCUUUCUACGCUUUUUAAAUAUGUCUCUGUUGAACAAUUUAUAUGAUUUUAAAAAAUUCGCCCAAGGAGUUUACUUGGUGCAUUUCCUCAAAGUAGUUAGGGGGGUUGACGCUCGCCUUAAAACUGCGGCAUUAAAUGUUCUCCUACAGUGGGUGGAAAGAGAUUCCUGCUUGAAGUUAAUCAAAACGCAUGUGAAAACAAAUAAACAGAUAUUCCACAUUUUGCUAGAAAUUUGGGUACUCGUCCAGGCCGAAAUGGCAAGGGAGAAGAAGGAUGCUUUGGCAGCGUCUGCAAAAUGGGAGAACGUUCUGUGCAUAAUACACCACAUAUUUAAAAGACUAACAAAUGGGUUUACUAAACAUUUGAGUUACUUUUCGGAACACGAGGACCUCCUUAUCAAUUUCAAAAGAGUGAUGACUUUCGAAGAGAAAUCCGUUUUGGAAAUAUAUUCCCAAAUGUGUCAGGAUGUUGAAGCAAACCGGUUGGCAAUUCUCGAGAAGGACAAAAACUGCCUUAACCGUAAGGUAAAAUCGUGCGAGGAGAAAAUAGAACAAAUGGAAAAAAUGCUCCAGGUUACGACGGAGGAGAGUUAUCAGAAAAAUGUCGACGAAUUGGAGAAUUAUUACAACUACGUUCGGGCGGGGGGUGAAUUCUAA